AUGGAUGUGCGUCUUGUCGUCUCGAGUCAAGCCGCCAAAACAGUGAAGCUUAAAUCGAUCACAAUCGGUGUGCGUCAGACGGUGACAUUCUUUCCAGAGAAGGGAGCAAGCUCACAGCCGAUCCAUCAAAAGUCUGAAAUGCUGGCAACAAAAACUAAGCGCUUGGGGAAAAAGAUCAUGCAGGGCGAGUUCUUCCUGCAGGAUCUUAGCCUUGUGAUCCCAAAGAACCAUGCUAUUAUGUCAAUCCACACCGCCAAGCAUAUUGAAAUAUCACACUGUCUGCGUGUUGAUAUCAACUUGGAGAAAUCUACGCUCACAUUCGAUCGCAUUGAUGUGCUCAUCUCGGGAUUUCUACCAAGUGCGAGUAGCUCUUUAAUUACACGUAUCGGAGAUGUGCCAUCGCUGGAUGCUACUCAGGAAUCAAAUCCACACUCGGCGCGUGAGCACACAAGCGUAUUUGUGCCGGAGGGAGAAAGUAUUCUGCCGUCACAUGUGCCACUAGAGGAUCCCGAUCCUGCCAUUUACACAGACGAUGCUGUCCCGAUGCCUGACAUUGAAUCGAGCGAUUUUGCUGCCUUGGGCACAGCUACACCGCACCGCCCUGUCUCUUUCACAUCGUCACCUGUGACGCCUACUUCGGCAUGGAGAGCGUCCACUACUAUCGACCCCUCGAUAUCCAUGCGCCCUGGUGACAUACUGCCGAUGGUGUCUGCCGGCCCGACAGACCCUUCUCUGCUUCGUAACAGUGCGCGCAUGUCACAGAUGAAUUCCUUACCCACACCGAAUCCUGCUGCAACAUCCACACCAAGCCCAAUUGCGCGAGUCAAACCUCCUCAAGCGGCAGUCUCGUCUGGCUCAUUCCGAACGGCUGAGCAGGAGAAAGUACAGCUGUUUGAGCGUGCACGAGCUGAGGCAGAGCAAUAUCAAUCGGAAAUGGGUGAGGAUGUCACCUUCCCCCGGGAAAAUAGGCCAAUGGGAGACUAUUCCAUGCACAACGUCAAUUCAUCGAAUCCAAACAAUAUUUUUGCAGCGCACGCGUCGGUUCCGAGUCACGCUGAAGAAGGGAGACGACUUCGGAUCAAUCCUGAAGCACCCAGUCAUCCAGAUGAGGACAAAGUGUCGUCUCCCUAUAUUACAAAGUCUGAGGCGCAAGCCAUGGAAGAAAAGUCCAAGCUUCAGAGUCAUUACGCUCAGCUUGAUGCGCGUCAGGUAGAGCCUGUAUCUUCAUAUGAGCCCACACCUGCGCCCUCGUACAUGGCCCCACCGGGUGUGCCACGCUCGCAGCCCAGUGAGCCUGGCUCGUCUGGGUACCCGCCGCGUCCACCCAAAGUGCCGCUAUCUUAA